CGUUGGUAUCAAUUGAGCGCGUGAACGUGCGUGUGUUAGUGCGCGCGCGCGCGUGUGUGUGAGUGCUUCGGCUGCUGCUGCUGCUGCUGCCGCUGCUGCUGCUGCUGCCGCCGCUGCCGCUGCCGCUGCUUGUCACUCAUUGUUGCGCGCACACGGGCAGCGACAAGGAGCACAGAGCGAAAGCCGCCCGCUGGCUGUUGUUGUUUACCAGUUUUUUCUAAAACCAGGAGAAUAUCACGAGUCCAUCUUAAAGAUGCUUCAAAUAAGGGACAUCCUCUGGGGAUUCCUCUACAUCGCCUGCGCAGUUGCUAUCCAGGUGCAGGUCACUCCAACACACAGAGAGAUCAGCGUGGGAGAGUCCAAGUUUUUCCUCUGUGAAGUUGUGGGAGACGCUAAAGACAUAGACUGGUUUGCCCCCAACGGAGAAAAGAUCCUGCCCAACAACCCCAACAUCCAAGUGAGCCGCAACGACGAAACCACCUCCACGCUCACCAUUUACCACGCCGACGUGGACCACGCCGGCAUCUAUAAAUGCGUGGCCAAGAACGGUGACAAGGAGGCCCAGGCCACAGUCCAAGUCAAGAUCUUUCAAAAGAUUACCUUCAAGAAUGUUCCCAGCCCGCAGGAGUUCAACGAGGGCGACGACGCCGACAUUGUCUGCGAUGUGGUCGGUUCGCCGGUGCCCUUCAUUAUUUGGAAGCAUAAAGGUGCCAGAAUCCAGGCCAACAAAGACGUGCGAUACAACAUUAUGGAAAACGGCCACCUGCUAAUCCGCGGCAUCAAGAAAAUCGACGAGGGAGCGUACAACUGCGAGGCCCGUGUCAUGGAGACCGGAGAGAUCAACUUCAAAAUGAUCAACGUCAUCGUGAACGUCCUGCCCACCAUCCGCGCCAGGCAGUCGGAGGUCAACGGUACCGCCGACAUGGGCGGGUCUAUCCUCUUGGCUUGUGAUGCCGACGGCUACCCCGAACCGAUCGUCACGUGGGCCCACAACAACGUCAUCCUUGAGUCGGGCGAUAAGUACAGUCUGACUGAGGAUGGCUCCGAGCUGGUGAUUAAAGAUGUCAUCAAAGUGGAUGAAGGAGAUUACACCUGCAUUGCCAGGAACAAGGCGGGCGAGAUGAGCCAGGAAGUCAGUCUCAAUGUGUUUGUGCAAGCUAAGAUUACUUACCUGAACAACCAGACGGCGACCGAGUUCGACGAUGAAGUCACCCUGACCUGCGAAGCCUCGGGAGACCCAACGCCCUCCAUCUCCUGGAGCUUCCAAAACAGGAUGUUCUCCGAAGGGGAGCAGGCUUCGUGGACGCGACCUGACCAAUAUGAGAGCCACGAUGGAAACAUCGUGGUCCGUAGCCACGCCCGGGUGUCCUCCCUCCACUUGAAAAACGUCGACUUCACAUACGCCGGGGAAUACCUGUGCACUGCCAGCAACUCCAUCGGUCAGGACAACCAGCCUGUGUACCUGGAGGUUCGCUACGCACCAAAGAUUCUGGGGGUGGUGGCGGUGUACACGUGGGAGGGGAACCCGGCCAACAUCAGCUGCGGGGUGGAAGCCCACCCCGGGGCGUCUGUCACCUGGUUCCGAGAUGGCCUCCAGGUGCCCUCUGUCAACACCAGCAACGUGAAGAUCUACAGCACGCAGAGUAGCAGCUACCUGGAGGUGUCCCCUGAAUCUCAGAGUGACUUUGGAAGCUACAACUGCACGGCAACCAAUGCGAUGGGGACAGAGUCCAAGGAGUUCAUCCUCAUCCAAGCAGAAGUGCCAUCGCCACCAGAGAUCCAACGGCUUGAGCCUUUCUCCAGCUCGGCUGCGGUGGAGUUCGACGAGCCUGUCUCAUUCGGAGGUGUGCCCAUCAUAAAAUAUCGAUUACAAUGGCGCUCGGACGGCCAGGAUUGGACCGGAAGGGACUACGAUGCCACAGAAGACUUGACCGAGUUCACCAUCGGAGGCCUGACGCCUGACACCAACUACGAGGUCAAGAUGUCCGCCAUCAACGGCAAAGGCGAAGGCGAGAACAGCGCCGUCGUCAAAUUCAAGACCGGACCCAUCCGCCUUUUAUUCACACCAUCAUCAGAGGCUCCGCCCCUUAUCGUUACCACCGUUACGGCGCUUAAAGGGGAACCCAGCACCCCGAAAUUGGAGGCCAUGGUUCAAAAUCAGGGCAACGCUCUUAAGGUCAACUGGAUCAUGCAGGACGAUGGCGGCUCCCCCAUUAAUCAUUACCUGGUCCGAUACAAGGCCAAGCACGUGUCGGACUGGAAACCCGAGAUCCGCAUGCCGCGCAGCAGCGAGUACGUGGUGUUGAGCGGGCUGGACUGGAAUACCGAGUACGAGAUCCGGAUUGUGGCGGUCAACCAGAAGGGCAAAUCCGAGCCCGGCAUCCUGUCCUUUAGAACGGCCACAGAACCCACCACCAUGCCAGGCGCCUCGGGCUCCGGCCUGAGCACGGGCGCCAUCGUGGGCAUCCUCAUCGUGGUCUUCUUCGUGCUGCUGGUGGCCGUGGACGUCACUUGCUACUUCCUCAACAAGUGCGGCGUCCUCAUGUGCAUCGCCAUCAACUUCUGCGGGAAGGCUGGCCCCGGAGCCAAGAGCAAGGACAUGGAGGAGGGCAAGGCUGCCUUCACGAAGGAUGAGUCCAAGGAGCCCAUUGUGGAGGUGAGAACGGAGGAAGAGCCAACACAGAACCAAGAGGGAGUCGGACCCACCGAGCCAAAUGAGACCACGCCUCUGACAGAACCUGAGCCCGCUGCCGCCGAUGCCGCCUCCCCAGCAGCACCGCUCCUUUCCAAUGCUACUAAUUCGCUCGCCGAGAGCUUUAGUCCGCCCAAAGACAACCCCCCGAAAAGCAGCCCGUCCGCACAGUCAGGCACGGUCGAAAGCCAGACCCCACUGGUAGACCUGAGCGACACACCUAAAGCUGUCCCCGUCUCGGAGCCGGUCAGGGCCAACGGCGAGGGGCCGCAGAAGCAGUGCGAGGCCCCCAACAGACCCCCGACUCAAAUCGAUGGCUCGACUAAGGACGCACCUCACUCCCCCAGCAGAGAUGCCACCACACGCCCCCAAAAUGAUGGCAAAACCAAGGACGACGUCAAGACGGAGGCCAACAACACCGCGGCCGAGGUGAAGACGGUCCCCAACGAGGCGCCCCAGACCAACGGCAACGAGAGCAAAGCGUAAUCGGGUAGACCGGGAGGGGUCUGGGCUUGGCUUUUGAGGGUCUGAGCAGGUGGGAGGGGGGUGUGGGGGGUGGGUUAAGGGUCACAGUCACUGAAACCUUGACUAAAUUUUCACACGGCGAGCCCCGCCGUCCCAACGGUAUAGGAAAACGGUAAAGCAGUCACAAAACGGGGCGGGGCGUCUUGUCUUUUAGUGUCUUUGGGCCAACAAAAUGUAAAGACUUUGAUGCACAUGCAUUUAAAAGAAACAUUUUUAGUCUACUGUCCUGUGGCAACACACACUCCAUGUGUGGGCGCCACGCUGAAAUGGGGCCUUAGAGAGAAAGUAAAACAUUUACAGGAAUGAGAUCAAUUUUACAAAAGUAAGUCGGAAUCUAAAAAAAAUAUAUGGCAUUGUAGUUUACAGGAAAGAAAAAUAUCUUAUGGAAAGUAGUGUUCAUUUUCACACCAAAAAAAAUCUUGCAACAUUAAGAAUUUUCAGCAUUGAAAAAAAAAAAACAUUCCGUUCAAUUUUUCUCUGAUUAUUGUGACCUAAAUUUCGUAACAUUGCAACUUUCUCUGGCGUUUUCACGAUAAUUUACGAUUCAAUUUUUCUCUUCUGUGUGGCUCUCUAAUGCUCCUUCGUACCAUCUCAAAUACGGACGGGAUUUGACUCUGUUGGACUGUAGCUUUAUUUCACAAAUAACUGCCUUCAAGUGAAAAAAACAAAAAAACACUUUUGUUGCAUUGGCACCGUUUGUGUGACUUGGCCCUUUUGUUGUUGUGUUCAUGAAUUAAUAUGCGGGACAUUAUUGCCUAUUUAGCUUUUUUUUUUUGUCAAGUGUUUGUCGGAUUUAGCCAUUCUGUUAGCAUGCCAAUUUUUGGGUUGCGUUUUUUUGCAAAGUUACUGUAUUUCUGUACAUGUUGCUGUCAUUGGGUUCUUAUUGUGAUAAUGUUAUUAUAUGAUUUUUUUUUCUCGAGGAUUCCAUCAAAGUAUGACUCCAGUCUAAAAUGACAUUACGCAAAACCUUUCCAACGUUGGAAUUAUACAAUCAUUUUUUUCCAUUUUUGUCAUUUUUAUCGCAUGAGCCUCGACCGCCAAUUCGUCUUCUGGUUCCAAACUUAAAUUUGCUUGGGUUAUCUCCUCUGAUGCACGCUAUUAACGUUUGCUAAUUUCGUUAUUUGUUGUUUUUCUACAUGCCUGCAGUGAUGUGACGUGUAUUUUAUGAUUAGGUGGUUGACAAAAUCUUCACAUACAGUGUAUUGUUUUUAAAAGCCACUAACAUUUUUGUUGUGUAAAACAUGCGAAAUAAUCUGUUAUGAGACAUUUGAUCAAUUUAGAGUUAAAACAAAAACAAAUUUAAAAAAAAUAAAAUAAAAACAGCUAUAUUUAGUCAUACACUUGAGCAGUGAAAUCACAAAAUUUUUAACUUGAUCUAUAGGUACCAUUUUAAUUAAAAACAUUAAAAAGCAAACAAAUACAGUUCAAUGAAAGUCCAUUUUGUUUUCCCAUUUAGUUUUUUUAAUGUGUUUUAUUUUGUUUUCCAACAACAACAAACAAGCAAGCAAACAAAGACAGUGUUUGUUAAAAAUGGGAAAAAAAGUGGUGGCAUACCUAAAAACAAAUAGCAUCACGUCAUAAGAAAACAGACAAGACAAAAAUUUGGUUGCUGAAAGGGAAAUUGGUAUCAAUCUGCACAGUUUAAAGAUAUAAACAACCACCCAAAAAAAACUUUUUGGUUGUUUUUGGACAAGAAAAAUGUUGAAUUCUUGGGUUUCAAUAGAUUGCAAAUCAUCACAUGACAAAAUUUGUAAAUUUGUUCUUUGCGUGCAAACAGUGUUUGAUGUCAUCUUUAACUAAUUACAUUUUGUAAUUAAAACUAUUUAUUGAAUAUUAACAAUAGCUAGCAUAAUUUUCAACAAGCGCACAAAAACAAAAUGGGGAGAAAAAAAUGUUUUGGACCAGAAAGAAAAAAGAUUUUGAGAUGCGUGGUUUUGGUCAACAGCAACGAAACACGUUAUCGCAAAGAAAUUGGCUGGAAACUGAGCGUCUCCAAAAACUGUUAGCUUAGCCGUGCUAUUUCAUGGUCUGUCAAGCCUAGCUGGCCUUUUCCUGUGCGCGCUCCACCUGUUUGGCCUUGUAAAAACAUUUAGGUUUUUGUAAAUGAGUAUUUGUUAUUUUGUACAGAGUUGCUCCUUCUCAGACUGCAACUGUGAAUGUGCAAGUCCAUUGUGGCUUUUGCUUCCCCCACACACACACAGACACACACACACCCUCCUUCAUAGAGUUAGCAUUUUUAGCAUACGUAGCCAUGCAUUACACACUCGUAGAUGUGAGCAAACUGGAAACGACACAGUGCCUUUGAAUACGACCACAAUUGCGUGCAUUUCUCGCCAUCUUUUUUUUUUUUUAGUUAAUUUAAUAUUUGUUGACCUUCUUAAAAUAAUAGAUGCAUCUUUGUAUAUGUGAUGGGUUUUUGACACUGUUCUAUGUUUCAGGUCUUUCUUUUUUCCAACUAUACAUUUACUGCAUUACACUUAGAGGUGUCUCUGAAUAAAUUACAAUAUUGUGGAAAAGUGACUUUAUUUCAGUAGCUCCAUAUAAAUAGAAAAUCUGACAAAAAGACCAUUGAAAGCCUUUCAGACACAACCAUUACUUUUUUCUGGAAAUAAAUGUACAUCGGGUCCAUUUAAGUGACUCUGAACAGGACCAAGAUGCAAUGCUCAUUUCUGCUCAGGUCUUUUUUUUUUUUUUUAAUCUUCUCCACUUUUGUCCAACAUGUACGUAAAAAACUCUAAAACGAUAUUAUUAUCAUUGCAGCCAGGCUUCAUCUGUGUGUUUGUAUUCAUAGUCUUGGUUCUGGCCAAGCCUUGUGUCAUUUGUCUCCCGAGUGGCUCAUUUUCGCUUCACAUAAGCUCUGAAAUGUCAAUGAAGGAAAUAAAAGAAAAUGAAUGAAUUAAAAUAAUG